ACGGCUUCCGUCCGGCCCCACAGUGCUCAUUUCUCGCCUUUACGCCAUUACCACGUCUGGGAACUUUUUCCAUGACCUUAAGUGUGGCCCACCGAAGCUUCCGUCCGUUACCCAUCAUGCUCUGUGCCGCUGCUAGGCGACGGCGCGGUCUAACUGCUAGCUUGGGGGAAGGCAAGGACUGAGCCUGUUGGGCGGGACGCCCCCCUGGUCGGGAGGCGGGGCCUGGUGGGCGGGGCUUCGGCCCCGCGGCGUUGCCGGCGUAUGUUGUCUCCUGGGCUUCAGAACCUCAGCUGUUUGUGGUCGGGUUUGGUCUCGUGGAGCGGCAUCGCUCUGAGGCCCGUCUCUCAAUAUUGUUGUUUUCCCUUGUUCGGAAAGAAGUGGGGAAUUUUUUUCAAUUCUUCGGGAGCGGAUGUCUAGCCUUAAUCUUUUCUCCCCUCACAACUUUGCUAUAAUAGUAAAAGAUAAGUUACUUUUUUUUCUUACCCAACGAGAAUUAUUUUGCCCGCAAGGCCCUAGUGCUGGCAAUGUCGCGACACACCUGAUUAGACCUCGGUGUACAAUUCGGAUUGGGCAGCGGGCUAAAAGCUGCAGGAUUAGUCUUUGUGCUAAGCUAUGGACUGGCCAGAUGAGAGUCAAUGGGAUGAAACCACCUGCAACAUGGCUGUUUGUCAGCAUCCACAAUGCUGGGCAGCUCUCCGCAGGAUUGAGAGGGGCCAUCCUCGAAUCCUGGGCUCACCCUGCAAAACUCUGAAUAUUGAAGAGAAACCCCCAGUGGUCACCAUUGUAAACAUCUCAGAUUCCUGCUUUCCGGCCAAGAGACUUGUUCAUCAACAAUUGUCAGAAUUUACCUUCACCAAGGCUCAUUCUUUAUUGUCUCAGGGUUCAAAGGUUGAUGCCAAAUUCCAAGGGAGGCCUCAGAAAUGUUUACCUGAUAGAAGGUCAAUCAGCUCUGCUAAGAGAUCUUCCAAACUUCCAGUGUUAAAUUUGAAUAAGACAAAACUUCCUUGUCCUGAAGAUGUCAGAAAUAUGGUUGUAAUCUGGAUUCCAGAACCAGAGAAGAAGGAGAGCUUAGCUGAGAAGACACAUGCUUUUCCCAGCCAGUAUGAGAAGAAGAAAAGAAAGAAAUUGGCAGUGGAGAACAAGUCGCCUCUGGACCACUCUGAGAGGCAGCACACAGGGGUGCAGUCAAGGUCUCCAGUUACGAUUGUGCCUCCCUCUUCCCCAGAACACUGUUUUAAGCCGUUCACAACAGGCUGGACCGAAGUUGCCAUGCUGCCUCAGGAUCUACUAAGGGACCUUUUACCAGAUGGAGGGAAAAACAUGCUUUCUCAGGAGAUGAAGAUACAAUUGGCCAUGAUGAAAAAGAACCUUCCCCUGGAAAAGAACCGACCUGACAGUGCGCUUUCUUCUAAGAUGUUUCUGACUAUACACCGCCUCACCCUGCAAACACCAACAUUGAGACAUCCUGAACAUUUGAAGAAAUUACACUGUAACCUGCAGAGAGAAGGUAACAGGAAGCAGCAGCAGCAGAAGAAGAAGGGGAAAAAACCUACUAAGAAACAGAAUACUGAAAAGAAACCUACGGGUGAUCCAGGGAGCCCAACAAUUCCACAUAAACGUUCCAUUUCCAUCAAUCUGAAUCUUCUCCAUGGUCCUGAAAGAGCUGAGGCAGGAGCCACUGACAAGGAUGUUAGUGCUCCAGGGGAGGCUGUUCUGGAAGCCCCAGCUGCCAGUGGAGGGAACCUAUCAGGACAUAUGACUGGUGUAAGCUUGGACCCCGAGCCCAAACUACUGGGGAUUCUUCAGUCCACUGAUGAUGAGGAUGAGAAGAAGCAGCCCUCCGGGGCACAGAGUGGAAUGUCUCUGCAGACAUAAGUUGAAGGCAUCACUUGAAGUGGCCUUCUCAGAGCAAGAUGUUUGGUAUUCUGAGGACAGUAAACUUUUGCAUAGGGUAGAAAGGAAAGGGGACUUCUGUUCUCCAGAGGCUUCACCAGGGCCUGAGCUUAGAGAUUCUUCAUUUACUUCUACUUGCCUCUAAAAUACGUGAGGGAGAAGAAGCCCUUUUAAACUUAGGUACUUCUCCAUUAAGGUCAGAAUAAUUUUAAUGAUUAAACACAACUGCUUCUCAAUCAGAAGACUCAUUCUCUGUUUCUGGGAGGAGGGGAAUGAUGUUUCCUAGUGUCUGUUUUCUGGGUCACUCAUAUAUUUUUUUGAAAUUCUGAAAAGUUUCUAGUUGAGAAAGCUGAAUUUCGCCUAUGGGAACACUCAAGGUAUUUCUAGAUUUUCCUCACAUUCUCUGGAAAUUGUUUCUUUUGCAGGUGGGGUCCACAGCAUUAUUAAAUAAUAUUCACUGGGUCCUGGUGUAUAUGGUACUGGACUUAACCUGGAAGAACUUUUCACUCCAGUUUCUAAGAAACUGACUCUGCAGGGAAGUUUCAAUAAUGCUCAAAAAAACUUAGAAUCCCAGAGUCUCAGAAGUCCUCUAGCUCAGUUUUUAGGAUUUUCUUUUCAGGUUUCAGUCCUUAAAAACUUCUAUAUAUAGUAAAAUUUCAAAGCUGCAUAAAAGUAAAGAGAAUAAUAUAGCAAAACUCUCAUGUUCAUGGUACCUGGAAUGUGGUUGAGAAAGGCCCUUAACCUGGCCUCAUGCUUUAGAAAUACCUGCACUGACCCUUUACUGGCCACGUUGCUCCUUAUGGGGAGAGAAGUCAGCAGGGGCAUGAGAACAGGUUCCUCAUGGAGACUGUAUCUCUUCUUUUGCAUCUAAAACCCUGAAAUUCCCUGCCCAGAUGGCCUUGCCCCUACUUCUGUGGCCUGUGUCGUACUUUCCUGGGUCCAUUCUCCUAAUGAUAGACUGUCCUGUCAGCAUGAGCACUGUUGGUUUUGAGGUGGCUAAGAGGAGGUUGUUUAAAGGUGGAUGGGUCUACAAUUUGGACAUGGGGACUGGGGUCUCUGCUUGUGGGACCCUUCCCAAUACAGGUGAGAGCUGGAAUGAGAAGACAGGGUGGACCAUGGAUUGCAGCUGGUUCUUCUUAUGCUGUGUUUCAGGUGUUGAACCUCAAGAAAUCUGUGAAUUAUGAAUGAACCUGGCCUUUUGGGUCAUGAAGGUAUACUGGUUAAGGUGGGAGGAUAGAAUAUGUUUAUUUAUUUAUUUAAUUAUAUCUUUUUAGUUGUCAAUGGAUCUUUAUUUAAUUAAAUUAAUUGAUUAAUUUAUUUAUUACUUAUAUAUGGUGCUGAGGAUUGAACCCAGGGCCUCACACAUGCCCAGGCAAGUGCUCUACCACUGAGCCACAAACCCAGCCCCUAGAAUAUAUUUCUUUUAUAAUUUGUUGCCUUGAUUUAUAAUUUUUAAAUGUCUAGAAAUGACUAGUAGACUUGAUUUUGUAUUCUCUUUUUUUUAAUUUUGGAUUUUUAUUCCAAGUCUUGCCAUAGGUAGGUCUGGGCCUGCACAUAUUGUCUGGGAGAAAUUUUAAGGAAGGAGAAUUUAACCCUACUAUUUAUAGAGUUU